ACCCACCUGGGCCCCAGGUCUCCGCCCGCUUGCUCUUCCUGUUCUCAGCUUCCGUCCUCCUGGCUUCCUUGCAGCACCCCCACCUGCCAGAGCUGAGCCUCCUAGGCCCUGCCUAGCUUCAAGUGGGCCCUCAAGCCCUCUGCCUGCGGAAGUUUCUUUACCCCCAAUGAGAGAAGCGGCAGAUCCAGGUCUCUGGAGAGCCGAGGGUUGAGGGCGCGGAGGCAACGCGGAGUCCUGUCACCUCUGCCCCUGAAGACACUUAUACCCUCCAUGCGCAGCCAGGAUGGGGAACAGAGCCGAGGAAGAUUAUAACUUUGUCUUCAAGGUGGUGCUGAUCGGCGAGUCGGGAGUGGGGAAGACCAACCUGCUGUCCCGGUUCACACGGAAUGAGUUCAGCCACGACAGCCGGACCACCAUCGGUGUCGAGUUCUCCACCCGCACCGUCAUGCUGGGCACGGCCGCCGUGAAGGCUCAGAUCUGGGACACAGCUGGCCUGGAGCGGUACCGAGCCAUCACCUCCGCGUACUAUCGCGGCGCGGUGGGGGCCCUGCUGGUGUUUGACCUAACAAAGCACCAGACCUAUGCUGUGGUGGAGCGUUGGCUGAAGGAGCUCUAUGACCACGCCGAGGCCACAAUCGUGGUCAUGCUCGUAGGCAACAAGAGUGACCUCCAGCAGGCCCGGGAGGUGCCCACUGAAGAGGCCCGAAUGUUCGCUGAAAACAAUGGGCUGCUAUUCCUGGAGACCUCGGCCCUGGAUUCCACCAACGUUGAGCUGGCCUUCGAGACUGUCCUCAAAGAGAUCUUCACCAAAGUGUCCAAGCAGAGGCAGAACAGCAGCCGGACCAACGCCAUCACUCUGGGCAGCGCCCAGGCUGGGCAGGAGCCGGGCCCUGGUGAGAAGAGGGCCUGUUGCAUCAGCCUCUGACCCUGGCUAGCGCCCGCCCUGCCUCCACUGGCUUUCUGGUGCCCCACUCCCACCCCAGCCCCAGGACCGUUCCCUGGCCUGUGGGUCCAGAUGUCAGAGUAGCCCCACAGACCUUCACGUUCCCCCGACCCCCAUAUCUCUAUUACCUGUGCCCCCCCCACACACAGAUUGGCCUUCAAAUAAAGCUGUGU